UUUGAGGGUGAAAAUGGCAAAUUAUGAAGUGACUGUCUCCACUGGCAAUCUCCUCUAUGCCAACACUUUCAACAAUAUCUACAUUAAGCUGGUGGGGACAGAUGGGGAGAGCAAUCACACCUGGCUCCUGAACAUCUCAGGGCCUUUAGCCUUCAACACUGGAGCAGAGUCUACUUUCACCCUGUCCUGCACUAACUCCAUUGGAAAGCUGCUCCUGAUAGAGCUGAACAAACAUCCGGUCAUAGUUUUCCCUGAAGACGCCUGGUUUCCUAACAAGGUGGAAGUGAAAUCCCCUGAAGGACAAACUUUCAACUUUCCGAUCUACCGCUGGAUCACUGACAGUGAGGUGCACCUUUACAGGGAUGGAAAAGCUCUUUUGGUCUAUGAAGACACCCAUCCUCUUGGCAAGUACAGUCGGGAAAAGGAGCUAAAGGAGAGAGAGGAAGCCUAUCAAUGGCAUGUGUAUGAACAGGGAAUCCCCCGAUGCAUGAAGGCAGAAAACACUGAGUCUCUGCCUUUGGAGGUCCAUUUCUCCUUCACCAAGACUACAGAGUUUCUCUUCACUGCAGCUCAAGGGUUGAUUGAGCUGAAACUGGAUGGUCAGGGUGAUUGCACAGAGAAGUGGACUGACAUGGAUAGUAUCUACCGGGCAUUCUGCUGCAAAAUCACUGACAUAUCAGUCUAUGUCCAGAAACAUUGGAAGGAGGAUGAAUUUUUCGCCUACCAGUUUCUAAAUGGCGUCAACCCCAUGCUGAUCCGACGCUGUUCCGCCAUACAGAACUUUCCAGUCACUGAAAGCAUGGUCUUCAUCCAUGGUCCACAUACCCUGGAAGAGGAAUUAAAGAAUGAAAACAUAUACCUGUGUGACUACAAGCUUUUGGAUGGAGUGGAAGCAAACACCAUCAACGGAAUGAAGCAGUACUUGAUGGCUCCCCUCGUCCUGCUCCAAAGAACACCAGAUGACAAGCUGAUGCCAAUCGCUAUUCAGCUGAAGCAGACUCCUGGCUACAACAAUCCCAUCUUUUGUCCUACUGAUUCUGAGUACGACUGGUUGAUGGCCAAGAUUUUUGUGAGAAGUGCAGAUUUCAACUUCCAUGAACUCAAUAUUCACCUGCUGCGCACACAUCUGCUGGCUGAAGUUUUUGCUGUAUCUCUACUGCGAAAUGUGCCCAUGGUGCAUCCACUGUACAAGCUGCUCAUCCCUCACACUCGCUACAGCCUGCAGAUCAACCUCAUGGCUCGAAAUCGGCUCAUUUCUAAGGAUGGUACUUUCACAAAGUACACAGCUUGUGGUGGAGAGGGUAUGUUCACAAUCCUGAAGAGAUCAAUGGCCUCAAUGACCUACAGCUCCCUCUGCAUACCAGAUGACAUCGCUGAGCGUGGGAUGGAGGCUGUACCCAACUACUACUACAGGGAUGAUGGACUCAAGCUUUGGGAUAUCAUCCACAAGUUUGUGAAGGGAAUCCUCAACUGCUACUACAAGAGCGAUGCUGACGUCGAGAAAGACUCUGAACUGCAGAAGUGGAUUUCAGACAUUUUUGUAGAGGGAUUCCUUUCCAAUGCAAAGACAGGAAUUCCCCAGGGCUUUUCCACCGUGGCUGCGUUGGUCAAGUUUGUCACCAUGGUGAUCUUUACCUGCUCGGUACAGCACUCAGCUGUGAAUUCUGGACAGUAUGACUAUGGUGCCUGGAUGCCUAACACUCCCAUCUCCCUGCAACUUCCUCCACCAACCACCAAGGGGACAACAAGUGAGGCCACCAUGCUGGAGACGUUCCCUGAUGUCAAUGUGACAGUUCAGGGGAUGGCCAUCAUGCAUCUUCUCAGCAAGCAAUCCACUGACUUUGUCCCCCUUGGCCACUAUCCGGACGAGCACUUCUUUGAGAAGAUUCCCUGCAAGCUGAUUAAGGAGUUUCAAGGAGACCUUGAAAUACAAAGUGUAAUCAUCAAAGUCAGAAACGAGAAUCUGGAUGUCCCAUACACAUACAUGAACCCAACUGUGGUGGAAAAUAGUGUGGCUAUUUAAAUAUGUGAGUGACCUCCUUGGCAAAUCCAGCUUCAUCUUAUCUGAAGUGGAAAAAAGGAGAGCCUUUAGUGGAAAGAAAUCAUUGUAUAUAUUAUGAUCAUUUAUGGUUAUAGCACUUAUGUGCAGCUUUCAUUGAAAAUGUGGGAUUGAGAGCUUCUUUGUUUGUCAAUGAUUAAACAGGCCUUCUAAUCAAAGUAUUUUUGGGAAAAAAAUGAUUUUGCCUUCACACUUUAAAACUUAAGAAGUACUCUGUGCCUCAUGGCAUACUGUUAGAAUGACUUGUGCAUUAUUUUAGGGACAUAAGAGUGGGGUUAAAUCAAGGAAAAUGGUGAGUUGCAGUAAUCUUAAAACUGUGAAACUGUACUGUACAUGCUUUGUCUAUAUUUUCAAUGGGGAAAAUUCAAGGGGGUCAGGUUACUGUCCUGAAAACUGCCUACUUUCUUUCCUGCCACUUUUGGCUAGGUUCCUACCAAGA